AUUCUGAACAAGGGUUAAGGGGUCUAAGUCAACCCCUCUUCCCCCUACCCUCUACCACUUUUAUUUAUUUUGAAAUGUAAAGAACAGUGUAAUCCUACAAGCAAGCUGUGGACUUUGAGAUGCAGUGGGCACAUCACUAUGGCACAGCCAUACCGUAGGCUUACAGUAUGUUCUGUUUUGUUGUGGAAUGACGUGGCAUGUCUAAUUUAAUCUUCCCAGCCAGCAGCCGAGACAACUUCCUCGUAUGGUAGUUUUAUUUUGAUCAGUCAGUGUGUCGAUUUCGGUCUGUGCUUUUAGAAUGUUGAGUCGACUCGGUGACCUGACAGGUGGAGACUGAGAAGCGCACAGGUGAACUGCCAUCGUUUACACGAUGAGCUACUACAGUGAUACGCCUAGUGUCGACGAUGAGUUGGAGUCGUUAGGCUUUGUCUUAAUGUCAGAAGUGGGUCAAACCAUGAAGUGACCUCUAAAGUGCCUUUGCAUGGUGAAGUCACUUGAGAACAAUCGGUCAGUGUUUCUUACACACACACUGCAGCUGUUCAUUACAUGGUGGCACUUUACUUUUCAGAUCUUACAGAUCUUGCAUGUUUCUCUUGCCAAUAAUUAUUUGGGUUUAACAUGCACUUCCUGCUAGUCUGUUGCACCUUAGUGGUAUAUCUCUUCACACCCAGUGACAUGUCUGCUGUGGUUCUCUCAACGACUCGUUCUCGUUUCGAUAUUUCACUUAUGGGAUAUGCCCCCAGCGUAUUCAUCAGAAGCAUUUAUUACACUACGCCAGCCAUGAUUGGCUGGACUUCGAGACGUGUGCGCCGGGGAAGGAUGUUCCUCCUAUCCUAUAAAGGUCCAAUGCAGCAUCUCUAAGUUAUUCAAACACCUCUUCUCGCUUUUCAUCAGAAAGCUUACCUCGACACGACUGCAUUUUCCAGAACUAGCUAAACUGUCCACAGACGUGAGCUUACAACUCGCUCACUGGGCGCUAUUUUCGGGACUGUGUGGUGGUGACAAUUUUCCUUUUCCUUCACCAUAGUUAGAGGAAAAUUAUUUGAGGGAGGAACAGGUACAGCUGUGACACGGCUAACUCGUUCACGACCAAGUUAGCUGUAUCCAAACAGUGACUAGUCGUUAGCAAGCUAGCCACCACGCUAGCUAGCUUUUGUGGUUUUACUUCGACAAGAAAAGUUUUACUAGUUACACCAAGCUAUCUUUUCUAACCUGUUGUUUCGGAAAUGGUAUCUGGCCAUCACAACAAGUGCCACUGAGAUAGCUAGCGAUUAGUGGGUUAUCGGACUAGCCUACCACGCUAGUUUUUUUCUGACAGCUAAAAACAUAGCAUCCAAUCUAUGGUGACAAAAGCAUCUCCCACCCCAAACGAGGAGAAGCUCCCGGCACGAAUCUGCUCCUGUGGAAACAGCAACGACCUUACUGCCUCCCUGCCGGGCUUCCUGAUUGGAGACGAUAACGACUCCACAGGGUUUUCCGACAGCCUCCUUUCGGAAUCAUCGAAUGGAGACGAAGACUCAUUCAACCCCUCAGGCCAGGAAACCAAGCCUCCUGCCGGGGAAUCCAAAACCGGACAUGCAGGCAGGGCGCCAUCUCCACCAGUUCUCGGCGUGGACCUGUGGGACGUGUGCAAACGCACUGCGAAUAAACUGGUGAUUUCCUGGCCCAAUGCAGUAGCAGAGACCACCACGUCCCGGUAAGAUGCUACCCAAAGCCAAACGGGCAAUUACUAUCAGUCUUCCCAGAAUGCCUGGAGGAGGUUACCUGUGCCUGGAGUACACCUUUCUCCUCCAAGAACCCUGUCCAAGGUGGUGGGAUUGGACUGUGUUGACAUGGCAGGGAUUGGGCUUGCCCACGCGCCCCCCAUCAAACCCCUGGUGGCUUCCCAUCUACACCCCAGCCAGAAGUCCUCCAUGACCUCGACUGGCCCCACCUUACCAACCAAGUACGUACGCUUCCAGUCCUCUGCGACAGAGAAGGUCUACAGGUCGGGCGUCACAGCAGUGAGGGCUCUCAGCGCCGCAUCCAUGCUCUCGGCAUAUCAAGCUGAGCUACAGGAUGAGCUAGCAGUCACACUGGAGCCUGGUCUGUGGGAUGAGAUGUGUAUUGCCACAGAUCUCAACCUGUGUCUGCUUAAAGCCACUGUCCAGGCGUCAGGAAGAGCGAUUGGGCUCAUGAUAUCCCAGGAGAGGGCUAGAUGGCUCAACCUAUCCACAGUGUCUGAUAGUGAGAAACUGAAGAUCCUGGAUGCUCCAGUAGACCCUAAAGACCUUUACGGUUCCACCAUCGAGAUGAUGCAGAAACGGUGCGAGGAGAAAAAGAUUGAGGGUGAAGCCCUCCAGCUCUGUCUGUCCAGGAAGACACAGCCCAGUGCCUCCCCUGUGCCUCGCCACACCUUUGCCCAGGCUGCAGCAGGUCGACCCCCCCCUCGACCUUUAAGAGCCCAGGGCAGCAGAGAACCUUGGACCCUUAAGGCCCCCUGGUCUAAGAACCCUCCCGUCCCACCCAUGGCACCAAGGAACCAGCCUGCCCCAAACCCCACCCAGGGGUAAGGCGGAAGAAGGGUAAGGCCUAGCAAUGUCCCCAUUGCCAGAGAUGCAAUCUCCUCCGCCAAUUCUGAGCUUGUUCUAGGAUGCAAGUUCCCAGGCACCUCAGUGUUCUUUCCAGCGUAUUGGGUCCAAGUCGGUGGUCACAGAGUACAGCCCAAAGAGGAGAAGAGACCAUGUUCAGGUGGAUGCUUCUACAAGGCCCCCGUCUUGUCUAAAAAACUCCCCAAUGUCAGUUCACAUUAAAAAAUUUAACAUUAGCGCAACCAGGCUACAGAGCGCAUUCAGACAUGUUGUUUCUCACAAAAUCAAAACAAACAGGGUGCUUCCCCACAACGCCAUCAGAGGGGGCUACCAUUCCUUCUGUGGCCUCCGCGAAGCGCGUAAGCGCUCUCCAGCUACGGGCCAGCCGGACAUGCGAAGUGCGUCGCGGACUGUCCUACACCCUCUCCUGGCAGAUGGUGCUGCUGCACAAUAUCUACUCAAGAUAUUUCCUGGUUCCAAAAAAUUGGGGCGGCAUACGUCCGAUCCGAGAUCUACGUCCUCUGAACACGCACAUGAGAAAGUACACAUUCAGAAUGUUGACACACACUGCUCUGCUACGUUCUGUGCACCCAGGUGAUUGGUUCGUAUCCGUCGACCUGAAGGACGUUUACUUUCACAUCUCAAUAUACCCUCUUCACAGGACAUUUCUCAGCUUUGCUUUUCAAGGCGUAAUCUACAAAUUUCUGGUGCUCUCUUUUGGCUUCUCACUGUCACCUCCAUAGCUCCAGAGAGAGUGGCAUUCGGCUGAUGACGUACUUAGACGGUUGGCUGCUGUUGGCUGCUGUGCGUGCAACCGAGACCAAGUCUUAAAACACAGUCAGCUUCUAUUGGAACACCUGACAUUUAUAGGUUUCAGAAUGAACACAGUAAAGAGCGUUCUGUUUCCCAUGCAGACAAUCUCUUUCCAAAGAUUCCUAGGCUCUUUCCUCUUUCCAAUCUCUUUCCUAGUUUCGGAUUCAUUCAAAACUCGCCUUUCAGUGGAACAUAUAAGAACAUUCCAAGAUUGCCUAGCAUGUUUCGCAGAGGGAACCUGGUCUCUUUUAAAACAUGCCUGAGGCUACUAGGUUUGAUGGCAUCAGCUUUAGUAGUCAUCCCAUUAGGAUGUUUGAUUAUGAGUGUUUCAACACUGGGUCUCUUCUCUAGGUCUCAGCCCAAUACGUCACAUACGUCACAAACAUCACCGUGUACAGCUAUCCAUAGACUGCAUGGUAGCAUUGCACUCCUGGAGACACCGAACAUUUCUGUCACAGGGUGUCCAGAUGGCACUGUUUUAUCCAGAAAAGUAGUCACGACAGACGCAUUUAUCUCGGGUUUGGGUGCGACCCACGAGGGCAGAACAGUCAACGGAUAUGUGGGGAGCCCUGCCCACAGGCGUGAGAGGAGAUUUUCCAUCCUCACUAGAAAACAAACGUUUGGCACCUGGCCUGUGAAUGGUUCAACUUGAACACUGCCGGGCUUCCCCAAAAUGUAAUUUCAACUAUUCAGAGUGCUAGAGCCUCAUCUACCAGGUCCCUUUUAUAAUUGUAAAUGGCUCAUGUUUGAGGAAUGGUGCACUAAAUCACAGACAAUGCCAUUCCAGUGCUCUGUCCCGGUAAUCCUGAAGUUUCUACAGGAAUUAUUAGAAAAAGGAAAUGCUUUUUCUACUAUUAAGGUAUAUCUAGCAGCUAUUUUGGCUUGUCAUGUUGGUUUUGGGAGCACGACAGUGGAGCAACACCCUCUUGUCACCCGUUUUCUCAAGGGUGCACGUUGUUUGCGUCCGGUAUCCAAACAGCUUACCCCGUCAUGGGAUUUAUCAAUUGUUUUGGAUGCUCUAUGCCAACAACCCUUUGAGCCCUUGGAUCAGGUGGAACUGAAGAAGCUUUCAUUUAAGACCGCACUAUUACUAGCAUUGGCCUCCGCGAAGCGCGUAAGUUGUUUGUUUCCUGGGCGAAACCUCACACGGGUAAAGAGCUCACUUAACAACCCCUUUCCCACUGCAUAGUGGGGGCUAUCCCUUUAGCCUACACAAGUAAGGGUCUUCAGUCUCCUGCUGGCCUACGGGCUCAUUCUACUAGAGGAAUGGCUACGUCCUGGUGCUUUAUUUAAGGACCUAUCUAGCCAGGAUAUUUGCUCAGCAGCGAGUUGGGCUUCGCCUAAUACAUUUGCAAAGUUUUAUAUGCUCGACGUCACUGCACCGACCCUAGCGCAUACUGUUUAACGUGUAGGAUCUUCUGAGGGGCAAAGCCCAUUUGUGUGAAAUAUCGCACAGGGCAGUCGGUCGCCAGGAUAAGCUUGUCUGCCAAUACAGAAGUCAGUAUAUUCCAUAAUACCAAAUAACAAAUACUUGAAAGAGAACUUUAGGUUACGACCGUAAUCCCGGUUCUCUGAUAGUAUGAGUGAGGCAUUUCACCAGACCACCCUCCUUGCAUGAGCGAGGGAUAGGUGUUGCUUAUUUUUGAAUGACUCAGAGAUGCUGCAUUAGGCCUUCUUUAUUGGGUAGGAGGGACAAUCUUCCCCCAAGCACACGUCUCGACAUCCAGCCAAUCAUGGCUGGCGUAGUGUAAUAAAGGCUUCUGACGAAUACGCUGGGGGGUAUCCCAUAAGUGAAAUACCUCACUCAUACUAUCAGAGAACCGGGGUUACGGUUGUAACCUAAAGAUUUCAUGAGUCUGCUCACCACUCACAUUAGUGAUGCAUGUCUGUUAGAUGCUAUAGUCUGAUUGUCUUUGUCU